GAAAACCAGUUCGCAAUUAAAACCGGUUCAAUAGAUUCAGGCAAAACCCUAAAAAUGUCCUAAAUUUACAACACCUUCUAUUUUCUGUUUUGCGCUCCCAGAUCUGGCCUCUCUCUCGUCUCUCCAGCGGCGCCCUUCGUUUUCUUCUCUCUCUGGUCUCGCCUGCGUCGCCGUCUCGUCUAGUCUCUCUCUCUCGAUCUCGCGGACUGUGGCCUGACCUUUGUCGGCCUGCCGUCAAUCAGCCCACUAGGUCAUUGACAAUUUUCGUUCAGCUUGAUUCUGUCUCAAGUCCAGUCAGCUACGUGCGAUGGCGCCCUCCACUGACACAUCAGGAAUGGAAUUCGAGGUGUUCUUGAGUUUUAGGGGUCCUGACACUCGGGUUGACUUUACUAGUUUCCUCUAUCAUGACAUGGUCGAGAAAGGAAUCCGCGUCUUUAAAGAUGACAAAGAGCUCAACGUCGGUGAGAAGAUUGAGAAGAUUUUCAAAGCUCUCAACGACUCUCAAAUCUACAUCCCCAUCUUGUCUAAGGACUUUGCUUCCAGUGCGUGGUGUCUCCGUGAGGUUGUUCGAAUGGUAGAUUGUGCUAAAAAUUCAAAUGGGAAGAAGGAGAUCUUUCCCAUUUUCUUAGACGUGAAGCCGGAGGAUGUCAAGAGCAGUACCGGAUUGUACAGUAAUGCCCUAUCUUUGCUUAAGGAGGAGAAGGCGAAGUAUGGCGAUGAGGAGGAGACCUUGAAGUAUGACCCCGAUGAGGUGAAGAGCUGGAGAGACGCUCUUCGUGAGGUUGCAUCUAUAACUGGUUGGAAGCGGGAAGGAAAAGAGAAAAAGGAGAUGUACGAGCAGUCACUUUGGCGAUCCCUCAUUACUUAACACCUGAAGACGUAGCCUAUUUGCCAAAGCUGAGGUUCCUUAAAGGGGACAACAUAAAUUUUGUAGGUGACUUCAAAAAUCGUCUUCAUAAUUUGAGAUGGCUUUCU